UGCGCACCUGUGUGUAUUUAAAAAGCUACUUUCUUUGUGCUGUUCAUUUCUCCUGUCUCCCUAUCACUUCCAGAAGCGUAAUGUCUCCCAGCAUGUUUUAUCUCUUCCUUCUGCCUGCUUUCGCUCUGUCUGAGGUUACUACUUUUGCAAAGUGUCCUCAGUUCUUUUCUGUAGGAAUUCCCACAGUAUUGCAAGAUCCAUCGGACAACAAUCGUUACAAACAGAUAUGUCAGUGCCUUCUGGACCAAAAUGAGAAGCCGCAAUAUUUCUACGCCACUCUUUAUGACACCAAGAACAAAAUCCCCGUUUACUCGGCCUACGAGUUCCGCCGUGCAGAUGUUAAAAGGGUUGAUCGCUGGUAUGUGGAACCACAGCUAGAUGGAGCAAACCUUGCGUGUAUGGCAUCUCAGGGCAACAUCCCAUCAACAAAUCGAGGGCAGCGACAGGCUCUUAACACUGAUUAUGAAGGCUCUGACUAUGACAGGGGCCACCUAUUCCCUGUUUACCACACACACAAUGAAGAGACCAUGCUAGCCACCUCCACGUUGACCAACGCGGCUCCACAAGAUCCUAGCUUCAACCGUGGUCAGUGGAAAAAGCACGAGGAAGACAUGGCCACAGUGGUGCAACAGAACUGUAACAGGGCUUACAUUGUCACGGGUGUAGUCCCUGGGAAUCAGGUGAUUGGAAAUAAUGUAAGGGUGGCCAAGUAUUACUGGAGUGCUUACUGCUGCUUUGGAAAUAGUGGUGCACUAAGCUCAGCGGGCUUCAUCGGCCCUGAUAACAAUGGCCGCGUUCAGCAGCACAGUGUGAUGUUGCUGGAAGCUGAGCUGAGCAAGAAUUAUGGAUCUGCCUUUAGUAUCUUCCAAGGCUUAUGCUAAUGCUAAUACUAACCACCAAAUGUAGUCACUGUGAAAUGAAUCUGCUAUAGAUGUGUGUUUCAUUUCAAUAUUUAAUAUUAAUUAAACUGAUUUUGGUUUUGACACUUAUCACGAAGGCUAUUAAAUACAUAGGUAGGAUUAUAUGGGCUUUGUUCAUGGGCCCAAUAGUGGUAAUUAGAUGGCAACAUACUUGUUGCCAAAUUAAAAACAAUACUGUGAUUCUGACUGGCAAGCCUUUAGUAUCAAACCAUUACUUUUUUAACAUUCAACAACCAAGCUACCCCAAUUCUAUUACAUAGCAUUAAAUUACAUAUACAUUAUGUGCACACAAUAGCACAUCACCUACCAAAGUCAGUAUUAUUAACUGCUAUUUGAAAACUGAGGACAAGUUAUUAAAUGACAGGAAUAAGGUUUGGCCCCUGCUGGGAAUCAGGUGUGGUCCCAUUGGGUACUUUUAUGAUAAAUUGUUAUUAAGUUACUUAAACAGUCAUCAAUCCCAAAACACAAACUGAUCUAAUAAUUAGUUCCAGCAAGUGUGUAAAGUGAAUAUGUUUCCUACAUCCGUCUUGUCUCCACUAUAGCAAAACAAGAAUAACCUGUGAUCACUAAAGUAAAUCAUUCAGAUCAAAUGUUCACUGAUUCAUGGUUUUAAGCACUGUAAUGUUUGUGUAUUUUUAUAAGCAUGUGUACAAUAAUCACCCAGACCAUGUGAUGCGUAUGUUUCUCACACCGACUGUAAUUAGUAUCACCUUUUCAUUGUUUCCAAGUUCCUUGUUUGGCACCUAGUCUUUGCAAAGGCUUGCAUAUGUUCUGUAAUUCUACACUGUAAAGAAUUUCUAUAAUUUCUACAAUAAAAUACUGGAUAUAAAUCA